UUUCCUUCCAUCUUGACAUUAGCAAAGCUGCAGCAUGACUGAACAGGUUGCAGAGGUCAGCUCACAGCAAGGGGCGGGUGAGCAGCGACCCAGCAAGCGGAUGAGAACGCAGCCAAAGGAAAACGUCUCAGGGGCAUCAGCCGAACCGGACGAAGAGAUCGCGACGGAAACACGCCGAGGCUGUGAAAUACAGGUGGAGAAGGUCGAAGGGAGUUUGGACUCUGGUAGUAAAUCAACGCUUACGUUCAUCAUGCGGCAUGUCCAGAGCUGAAUUAUCUCGUCCUUGUCUGGCCUGAAGAGGGGCGACCUCACGGAAUAUGCAGCGUUGCGUACGCGUCUGGAACAACAUACAAAGGCGAAUUCAGCAAUGGAACACGAAAUGGACAUGGCACGUUUACGUACGAAGAUGGUUCCACCCUCUCUGGACCAUACGUGAAUGACAAACUUCACGGCUUGGCAACCUAUACAUAUCCUGAUGGAACACGGGUUGUUGGAGAGUACGUUGACGGAGUUUCGAAUGGGAAGUACUUUGAGUACGAUGAUCAGAAUCGUAUCACGUUUCGAGGCACAUGGAAUGAAGGAGUUCGUUGUGGAAAGGGAAUUGAAUUUUUUGAUGAUGGUGGUCGCUUAGAGGGGACCUUGGAUUUGUUCGGUCGCAUGAAUGGGGAUUCCGUCAGGUAUUUUUAUCCCGACGGAAGCGGAUUAGUGGGGAUAUGGAAAGAAGGGAGAAUGGACAAGUCGUGGUAUUUCAAAGACGAAGAUGAUGCUACUUGCGUGGAGGCAAUGACUGAUGAGGAACGAGUCAGCCAAGGCGUAUCAGGGCCGUACCGCUAUGAUCCACCUACUCAUGAUUGCAUUUCCUCCGAUCCACUGCUACCGGAUCCUUACGAAUCUCGAGCCGUGGCUGUGAGACCGUCACACAUAGUAGAUGCUGGAGAAGGAUUAUUUGCAAAGCGUGACCUGAUGUAUGGGGAGGUUGCAGCAUUUUACAGCGGAUUGCGACUGACCCUUGCGGAAGUGGAGGCCAGGGGUUGGGAUCAUAAUGCCAAUGCCAUCUCAAUGGGUCCUGAUAAUGAAUCUGAUAAUGAGCAGGACGAAAUGGGUUUCGAACCGGGAGAAGAUCUUGAACCUGAUCAGUCUUGGGGUGGAGUCAUCGAUGUACCUUACCGAUAUUCACAAACAUCGCAGUAUGCUGCAACAUUAGGGCAUAAAGCCAACCACUCAUUUACACAACCCAACUGUAAAUACGAGUGGUAUAUUCAUCCACGGUUUGGAAACAUACGGUGUAUUCAAACAAUUACAUACGUGCGGGCAGGCGAGGAAAUACUAGUAAACUAUGAUUAUAAUGAGAUAUUGGAAAAUGGGGAAUUGCAAGCACCAGAGUGGUAUAAGGACGGAUUAAAAGCGUUGAAGAAAGAGGAAACUUCAAUAUAAAUGCUCUUGUUUCUAAACAACGACAUUCCG